UCGGUGACAAGAGUUUAUCAGGAAAUAUCCUAUACUGUUCAGGAAUUAGCUCAAGAAAUAGAGAGAAAGAUGAACUUGAAUGACCUUUUUGCAGAGCGGGACAUUUUCAAAGAGGUAAAUGGAAGCCUACACUCUUCGCCCGGACUUGAGCGGAGCGUUCCGGAGGGUCACAGAAAGAGAAAGAGGACCAUCUUCAGUCGCGCUCAACUUACAGAGCUGGAAAAAGCAUUUGCAGUGACACCAUAUCCCGACAUCACUCUGCGAGAAAGACUGGCCGCGUUGACGCGCUUACCGGAAAGCAAGAUACAGGUGUGGUUCCAAAACAGACGUGCCCGCAGUAUUAAAAGUACCAAACCAACUAAGAGAGGACCAAGCAGUGGUAUCUCUGUGAGUUGUACCUCAGAUUCUCCCUUUCUAUGCAACACCUUUAGUUCCUCAAACAAUCAUGACAUAUCUAGACCACAUCAAAGUCAUAUUGGAGGACAGCCAAACCACACAGACUGGGUCAAACUUCACAGCUCUCCCUUGGUCCAAGAGGUUUAUUCCAGGGCACCAAACUUUCCAGAAAUUCUGACUUGGGAGAAUGACCAUCAGAGCAUGCACCUGGAAUCUUUUGGAGUUUCUGGAUGCAACAGCAACCAAAGCCACUCAUCCUUGAUAAGUGCAAAUGGAUUCGCACAGUCCUGCACUGUCACCCCAGGAUACUGGCACCACAAGGCACACUCUGUCCCCAAGGCAAAGGUCAGAUAUGCUCACAUUCCAGAGGACCAGACUGUUCCUCCACAUCCACCGCAGGCAUACUGGGAUGAGAGCAAGGGACAGGGACACCUUCUUGUGGGCACCCAAACCUCCAUGGGAUACAUCUCUGACUUGAUCUAUAAUGCCGCUGUUGUAACUAACUUUAUGGAGUUCUAGUAUCUUUUACUGACAUUGUAUUUUUAGUUAGUUAAGGACUUGUGCAUCACCUGUGUUGUAUCCAGAUCUCAUCCUAUCCCAACCAAUCAUCAGCAUGUUUGUGUUACAUGGUGUGAGGCUCUCAGCCAUGCUCGCAUAAUACAGUAUGUAGCCUAUAUCAGAGGGGUUUGCAUGCAUGCAUGUAAUUCUUUUGUCUCACUUGAUUCAUGUCAUGGCAAAGGUUAGAGGUAGAGUUGUUCCAUGAUAUCCGGAUUAGAUUUUUUUUGUCUUUGCAGAUAUCUGGCAUGACUGAAAUGAUUAUUUUUCAGAGUAAAAAUAUUUUCCCAUGAAUGCCGAUGGUCAGACAAAUAAGAAAUAAAUUAAAAAUACCCAAAGCUCAAGGACUAUCAGCUUACCGUCUCUUUAAUUCAAGCUGGAUUUAAGGUCUCCUGUGCUGUAAUACAGUAGAGGUAUGACCAGUGUCUCACGGCUCACUAGCCUGCUGGACAGUGAACCAUGCAUAUCAUAAUCAUCUCUAAAACCAAAUAAUCUUUCAAUCAAUCCUUAAUCCGGGUGUCAAAUCUCAGUUCUUUGAGACUU